UCUGUCUCUUGAGCUCCGUCUGUUUCACUCUUUCCCUCAUCCCACAUGGACUUCUCUCACACUCCUCCUCAUAAAACUCUAUCUCAUUCUCUUUCUUUAUCCGUCUGUCUGUCCUUUUAUUCUUCUUCGUCGCUUAUGAACACAGGAAUAUUCUGACAUGCUGGAGAUGAGUUUAAGUGGGCUUUUGGAGAGCCUCCUGUUUCCGCCUCCUCGUGUUGCUGUACUACCAUGAGCAGUUCCACUCCAUCCACCACAGCUAAUGGCACUGACAGUAAACAGUAUAAAGGAGACCGAUCUCCCUGUGCCCCCUCCCGCGUCCUCCACGUCCGCAAAGUUCCCAUCGAAGUGUCCGAGGCAGAGGUCGUCUCACUAGGUGUCCCAUUUGGCAAAGUCACCAACCUAUUGAUGCUUAAAGGGAAAAAUCAAGCUUUUAUAGAAAUGGCUUCUGAAGAAGCAGCGAUGACCAUGGUCAACUACUACACCACAGCCACACCCCAUGUUCGCAACCAACCUGUCUACAUUCAGUAUUCCAACCACCGUGAGCUCAAGACUGAUAAUCUGCCCAAUCAGGGGAGAGCCCAGGCUGCUCUGCAAGCUGUCAACGCAGUGCACACUGGGAACAUGAGUCUCUCUGGGACUGCCACAGCCAGUGAUGGAGGAAUGAUGCCUGGACAGAGUCCCGUGCUUCGUAUCAUCGUAGAGAAUCUCUAUUACCCAGUGUCUCUAGAAGUGCUGCACCAGAUCUUCUCCAAAUUUGGAACGGUCCUGAAGAUCAUCACCUUCACCAAGAACAACCAGUUUCAGGCCUUGCUACAAUAUGCAGAUCCAAUGAACGCACAUCAUGCCAAAGUGGCUUUGGAUGGACAGAACAUCUACAACGGCUGCUGUACUCUGCGUGUUGAAUUCUCCAAGCUGACCAGUCUGAAUGUGAAAUAUAACAAUGACAAGAGCAGGGACUUCACUCGUCUGGACCUUCCUUCAGGAGACGGUCAGCCCACGCUCGACCCCACCAUGCAGACCGCAUUCGGGGCUCCAGGGAUCAUCUCUUCGCCGUACCCCGGGGCGGCUGGUUUCGCCCCUGCUAUUGGUUUUCCUCAAGCAGGUCUGUCAAUGCAGGCGAUGCCUGGUGCUCUGGGACCUCUGACCAUCCCUUCCUCAGCAAUGACAGGACGGAUGGCCAUCCACGGCAUGACCCCCACCGCCAUCCACUCUGUGCUCCUCGUCUCCAACCUUAACCCUGACAGUAUAUCGCCACACGAGCUCUUCAUUUUAUUCGGAGUUUAUGGAGAUGUGCACCGAGUGAAGAUUCUGUUCAACAAGAAAGAGAAUGCUUUAAUACAGAUGGCGGACGCCACGCAAGCCCAGCUUGCGAUGAGCCAUUUGAAUGGCCAGCGUCUGUAUGGUAAGGUGAUCCGUGUGACCAUCUCAAAGCACCAGACAGUGCAGCUACCUAGAGAGGGUCAGGAGGAUCAGGGCCUGACCAAAGACUUCAGUGGGAGCCCACUGCACCGCUUCAAAAAGCCCGGCUCUAAGAACUUCCAGAACAUCUUCCCUCCCUCCGCCACCCUGCACCUCUCAAAUAUCCCUCCCUCCACCACUGAUGAUUUUCUGAAAGAUCUGUUUGCCAGUUCUGGAUACACAGUCAAGGCCUUCAAGUUUUUCCAGAAGGACCGUAAGAUGGCACUGAUCCAGCUGGGUUCUGUGGAAGAGGCCAUCCAGGCUCUUAUCCACCUCCACAACCACGACCUGGGAGAAAACCACCAUCUGCGAGUGUCCUUCUCCAAAUCCACCAUCUAGCACCCCUUCACUACAAACACAUCCUUUCCCCAUCCUCCCCGUUUCAGCCCUUCUACCUUCAGCAGUCUGUAUCAUUCAGAAAGUAAGACUGACUGACAAACUUAAAAAAAAAUUACAGAUAUUCAUAUGGGUAGUUUUAGAGAUUUUUCCAAAAGAAAAAAGAAAAAAGAAUGAAAAAAGCUAAUAAGAGACUACUGCAGAACGUUUAGAAACUCUGUGAGUGAGUUUGAUUUACUCGCACCAAACCAGGGCUGGAGACACAUGGGAUAUCCAUGACAAUGUGACGUUUUUGGGAACUUCUGUGCUGACGAAGUAAGACUCCCUCUAUAGUCUACUGGUGAUAACUUUGUUGAUGUGAAACGCAAAUUAACACAAGGUGAACAAUCUCAACGACAACAAAAAAAAGUCAAUGCUGAGGAGGUUUCUUCAUCGCACACUUGCUGAUUACAUUGGAGACUGACACUCCUAUAGCCCAAUGGCCUUUUUAUCCCACACCUACUUAAGGAUGGAGCCUCAUCUGUCCCUCCCCUAAAAAAAUGACACCUUAACUCUUGUUGGCUGUUUCAACGGAGUGCCCCAUUACAUGUGGGAUGUGUUGAACGCACGGUCACCGUCUGAAUGUCGCUGACAUCGUCAUCAAGGUGCUGCUGGAAAAAAUCUGUAGCGACGGCCUGAACCGAUGGGCUUGUCCUUUUUUCUUUUGAGUAGCAUUAAAAUACGAGUGCUAUGGAUUCGAUAGCGAGUGCAUUUGAAAUUCAAUCACAACUGUUUCGGCUUACACACCUUUUGUUUCUCGGCACUUUGAGUGAUUUGAAUUGAUGACAGGCACCGUGGGGAAUGUUUGACAUCCUCAUAUCUGUUUACUGUGCAAAGAUGUAUAGCCAGAUGGUAGGCAUCUGUGAAUAGAUAGUGAAUGGUGUGAUUUGUUUUUGUUUUUUUUUCCUUGUAUAAUGGAAAUUUUAUAUUGGACAGACCAGCCUAUCGUGGCUUUCUGCACCUGCAAUGCUGUCAGACAAACAUCUGCGCUCUGCGGCGCGCAAUGUCAUUGUCCAGUCGAUCAGGUUCCUCUGAACCAGAACGACUGUUUUCAAACAUGCACGAUCAUUCCGGAAACACUUACGGCCAGCUGUCAACCUUACUGGAACGCUCCAAGCAGCAACGCCCAGCCUGACAGGAGAUUUUGUCUCCUCUUAAGUGAAAUUCUCAAUGUGAAUGGUAUAGCCCGUUCUUUCAAUGGAAAAUUGACAGUUUUUCCUUCAUUCUGUUCCCCUUCUUGCUCUGAGUUGAGUCUUUUUUCUUUGGUUCUUCUUGUUUUCCAUCUGGUCACACAGGGGCAGAAGGUUCUGUGCUCUUUUUUCUGUUCUUUCACUCCUCGGCUCUGUCCACAGGUGUGAGAGUUUGCAGCCAUGGGCUCUGUAGAAACCUUAGUGAAGCCCAUUGAGUCACAGCAAAAAAAAAAGAGGGCAGCACUCUCUUUUGCCUUGCAGUCCCACACUAAAUGCCUCUGCAUCUGAGCAAACCAAAUAUUAAAGAAAGAGUCAGUCGGAAUGACACAAAGACGCCACCUAUUUCCCAGACCUAGUCAGUUGCCACAUAGUAAAGCUGCCCUUUGAGGUAGCGUCUGAAUUGCCAUGAAAGCCCAUAAGUGACUUAUCUGCAGUGCUCUGGAAGUGGAUAAUAGUGCAAAAGUACAUAGGCAAACUCAUCUCCAACAGAAGGGAGGCCAGAGGCAGAGAUAGUAAUUUGAGACUCUGCCAUUGGUAAAACUGGAAGCUUUGUCAGUUGCUUUGUAGAGUUUAGUCAAAACGAACGAACUCCCCCUCUUUUGACUAGGAGUUGAUUUUAGUACAGUUAGAUUUAGCAUGUAGCCACAAUCAUAGCAGUACCGGACAUGCAAGUACUGAGUUUUUGAACUUGUUAAUACAGAAUUGAGGUUAGCAUUUUCCUAGCCAAAGCUAAUAACUACAUAUAGUCACUGUACUAAUGGCAAUGGAUUAAGUAAACUGAUCUAUCCACUCAAUUUCUGCUGUAAUCCUUGCACUUGUGCUACGUCAGUCAACAGGUCAAAUGGAUUUGCAAGUUAUUGCAUGGCAUGGUGACAACAAUCAAGCACUUUGUAGACCUGCUGUAGUAAGUGUCAAAACACUUGUUUGAUGUUUGCUUAAUGCUAUUUUUUUCUACACAAAGUAUUGCAUCCUUAGCGGAAUCAAUUGAAUUAUAUUACUAAUAUAUUGUAGGGAUUUUAGCUUGAUGCUAACUGUCAAACAAAAUGAAACAUUUUAAAUUAGAUUAAAGGAUUUUGUUGAUAUUUUUCAGUAUUAAAUGAAUUCUAAAUGUAUUCAGAAUCAACAGUUACGUUAAUUUUCUCACUAUCUUGUAUUUCGCGAUGCAUUCUGGAAUUGCCUUUUGCACCAAGGAUACAUAGCUGCCUUAGAUUUUGGCCAAAAUUAGCUAUCUUAAAAGACUAGGAUAGGCUGUGAUGCCUUAAAAGGUUGUCUAAUGCCUCAUUCACACUAGCAGCAACAUUUUAGCUGCCUGGAUCAGGGGGGAGCCAAGUUGGAGCACUCAUUCCGAUCCCCCAGGCUCUGCGUUGGUUGCGGAAAUUCUAAAUUCAACCAAAACAAUCGAUUACAAUUGGCUUAAGCUUGGCAAUACAAAUUUGGCACAUUGCAACCUGCAGAACCUGGGAAUUUUUUUAAGUAAGAAAAGAAACCCCAUGUGGUCAUCAACGGUCGCUGUUGCUUGCAUAGAUCUAGGUCGCCGGAAGUCACUCAAUCUCUUUUGAAAUGGAAUUUUUUGAAAAGCUUAUCGCUUUACCACUGGUUAGUUACUCGUGGUGUAAAUGAAGCUUAAAAAAGAAGGAUACUAGGUUUUGGGAAAUGGCAGUGGUACACACAUACAGAUGCUGAUUCUGUAUGUGUGUUUGGUCACUACUAGUGUGUUAUUUCCGACUGCUUCGGGACUCUAGGAUAUAUGAUGUCUCCCUUGUGCGUACAAGCGAGGUGCUGUCUCAUUUAGCAAAAAUCGGGCCUUAACAUUCCAAGGAGGGUCAAUGUAGACCCAUUGAGUAGCAUCUAAAGGGAGCAGCUUUGGUGCCUGUGUGCUAUAUCCUCUUUCGAUGUCUGUUUGAAUCACAAUCUUCAAUCAACAACCUUCGUGUUCAUGCAAGGCAAGGGACAGUGACUAUUUUGUCUUUGACUGAUUUCACCUGAAGCGAUUCAAAUCCUCGCUUUCACUUCUCAAAAGAAAUUGAAUUUUGUUGAAGUUUACAGUCUUAAAGCAAAACUAUUCAGGUCUAUAUAUCUUAAGGAUUGUCAAGAUUUUUUGAGAAAAAAAGUUACUUAUUUUUGGUAAUUUGUUCUUUUUUAUGGAAGAGAAAAAAAAAUCAAAUUUGAAACCUCAUCGGGUUUUUGUACCACUAUAAUCAUUCAAGAAAUCAUGGUGAAAAAAAAUCAUAUUUACUGUGUAUUUACCUAAUUUCUUAUUAUGUGCCUUAUUAUGUGUUCAUAAUCAAAUAGGUUUUAGAAAUUUUACCUAAAUAUCUUAUGUACUAUUUUGUGGGAUUGGUGAGAGGGUUGAUUUAUUUUGAUCUUUAAUUUUAUUUUAUCUUUGGUUGUGUAGCUCUAUUAGAU